AUGGUCCAAACCCGUAGAUCGGGUGCCCGAUCCGAGGGCGCGUCGCAUCUGGAUCCCCCAAAACGUGAGCGAAGACCCGUGGCCGCUCCCCGUCGGCGUGCACCCCCGGCACGUCGAAAUGCAUCCGUUUCUGUGCCCAUUGUUAUCCCCAAGUACGAGCACGCAGCCACUCAAACCAACUUAUAUCACGAUGCUUCUACGCAAACGGAUGUGAAACUAACAAGCUACCCAGAGACUGUGGGCGAAAAGCGUCGCCGCGAAGAAGACGAGAGUGCCCCGGACACAUCGUCGAAGCGCAUACGAAAAGCCGAGACCCCUAAGUUCCUUUUCUCUGCCAGCCGAAAUCGAAGUCUCUUGACCUCCGCGCCUGCGAAAACAACGACCCGACAUGAAUCCCCAUUCUUCGAGCGAUCCCUCGAACCUACGGGCAGACGAUCGUCUCCGAGACGGCCGCCGAGACCGAGAGAAGAAAAAGCCAGCCAGCCAGAGACGCCUACACCUGCACCUACAUCUAACACGCAAGUGCAGCAAGGCAGUCUUUUUGGCAGUGUGAGGAAGCUUUUUGGAUUUUUCAAGAGUACUCCAGGUGCAGAGACGCCCAGGCAACAGGAACGAGGCAGUCCGAGUGAAGAGACGAAUGGCAAUAUUGAACAAGAGGCGGUGGAAUCAAAUGGACCUAAUACUCCUCCAUCCCAACACAGCGAACCUGACAGUCCGACUCCAGACCCCGAACCCCUUGACAACCAUCUCUACAACCGCGAGUACUUCAAGCGCCGUCGAUUCGCCAAGACUAUUGCAGGCCGUGAAAUGACCGAGCACCCCGAUUCAGAAGCCGGCGAGGCGGACUUCAACCCAGUCGGGACAACAGGAACAAACAAACGCAAGUUGGCGUCGGUCGACGGCGAGAUUCCCGGACCUGCCGCAGGCGGAUUCGGCAUUGAUGACAACUACCUUGACGUAGAAGCCGAAGUGGACGGGAUUGAAGAAGCGCUGCCAUCCACCCCAAGGGAUAGGUCCAUUGCGCAGACCCCCCUUCGAUCAGCCAUGCGGCAGAACGGUAGCCUGUUCGGUACACUUGGACGAUCCGUAAAGUCAGUGCGCAUCGACCCCAACACUUCAGUCAAACAUGUCUAUGGACAGUAUGGAUAUUCGGGAGAAUAUCACGGCAGUAUGUUUUCGGAUCCUUCCGAGGCUUCGGAGUCGACCAUUUCCGCGUUCGAUGUGAGCAGCAUACAUUCCCCGGCAACUUUGCGCAACACGAAGGACAAUGAAACCCCCAAAUUCCGACUAGACCAAGACAUUGUCGAUCCAAACGAUGAAUUUUGGCGUCCGUCGCUCGCAAACCCAUCCCCCGGUCAUUUCCGAGUUCCUGAUCUCGAUGAGUACGACGAUGAAGAAGAAGGAGAGGACACGAACGAGCCCGAGCAGAACCGUGAACAAGAUCAAGUCCCACCUCCGCCCAGCACACCUCGCAUGUCUCAUGCCGAGCUUCCCGGUCAAGCCUCGUCCUCCACCGGCAAUACCGACAGUACUUCGAUACACGACUCGGCCGAGAUUCGCCUGAACAAAGCCAGAUCUGAUGCUCAGAAGUACAAGCCAGCGCGGUCAUCGCUACUCUCACUCAGCGAACACGCACGAUCUCGAUCCUCCUCCCCACCAGAGUCGGAAAGAGACUUUACGCAGUCCCGGCUUGAAACAUCAACGCCGGCCGCGAGUUCUCUCAAGAACGCCAGUACACCGGAUACAUCGUCUCGGGACACUCCAGCACAACCGGCGAAACGGCCUGGCCGUGACGAACUGGAUGAUACCGUUGUAGGCGAUGAUGGCAUGACCGAGUAUCAGCGAGAACACCAAUAUGAUGAAUGGGCGGAUGGUCUCUCUUGGCCGGAGCCACAAACCUACGAACAAGCCGGGAUCGCAUCCGACUAUAUUGCCGACCUUGUCCGAAAGACCUGGACCGAGCGAGAUGUACGGGAGUCGAUCGAGUUCUGGGACCGCGAGUUCGAAGAAGGACUCAAAGCUGCGAGAGAAGCGGCCGUCCAAGGCAGAGAAUUGGUUUGGGUCACUGAUCCUGAGGAGUUGUUUGCAUGA